AUGGGUGCGAGCAACGUAAAUCCUGCUUUGCGUGAUUUGAAGCAUUUGAAAUAUCUUGAUUUGAGCAUGAAUAAUUUCUCUGGUUCCCACGUCCCCCACAUGAUUGCUUCACUUAUGCACUUAGAAUAUCUUAACCUAUCCAAUGCUGGGUUUGGUGGGUUAAUACCUCCUCAACUAGGGAACCUCUCCAACCUACACUUCCUCGAUCUUGGAGGAUGUGGAUUUACUGAUCUACGAGCUGAUGACCUUGAUUGGCUCUCCGGAAUUCCUUCUCUAAAACAUGUUGACAUGAGUUUUGUCAACCUCUCUAAAGCAACUAAUUCAAUUUCCAGUCUUGAAGUAUUGCACUUGAGGUGGGCAAGCCUCCCGUAUAUUCCAUCACCUCGGUCCCCAUUUAAUUUGACUUCAAUCGUAAAGCUGGAUCUCUCUAGUUAUUCCAACUUGAACACAACAAUUCUAAGAUGGCUCUCUCAUGCUAGCAGCCUUGUAUAUCUUGAUCUUUCUCACUGCAGUCUUGUCAAUAUUGAGUCACUACAAGUCACUCCGGGAGCUCUGAGUAAUUUGAAAGAACUGGAUUUGCAAUACAAUGAUAUCAAAGGAGCAAUUUUUAGAAUAAUAAUGAAUCUGAGCAGGACCUUCAAGCAUUUGGAUUUAAGUUGGAAUUCAUUAAGUGGAGAUAUUGCACAAAUCUUGUGGAGCCUUGGACCUCUGGAGUACCUUGCAUUGGAUUUUAACGACCUCAAAUGA